AUGGAGUCGGCGCCAGAGAAGAUAGAAGCCGGCACAAAGUUCAAAUGCGUGGAGGAGUACGGCGGAAAAACAGGCACGUUGUGUAGCCCUAAGUUCUUCCCAACGCUGUGCCGUCAAAACUGCCGGUUUAUGAAAGGUGCGAAGAACGGUAUAUGUGUAAAGAAACACAAGCAUACCAAAUGCUACUGCGACUUUUGCAAAGACGGUUAG